AUAAACAUAAUUACAUUUAUACUGCUACUCUCCCUCACCUUAAGCAUCAUCCUAACCACCAUCAACUUCUGACUCGCCCAAAUAAACCCAGAUGCAGAAAAACUAUCACCCUACGAAUGCGGCUUCGACCCACUAGGCUCUGCUCGACUCCCCUUUUCAAUCCGAUUCUUCCUAGUAGCUAUCCUAUUCCUACUAUUCGACCUAGAAAUCGCCCUUCUACUCCCACUCCCCUGAGCAAUUCAACUCUCACAGCCCCUACUAACACUCCUAUGAACCUCUAUUCUUCUCCUCCUUCUCACACUAGGAUUAGUAUACGAAUGAAUCCAAGGGGGCCUCGAAUGGGCAGAAUAA